AAACCCAAAUCGCUGCAGAAAAUGAGUCUACACAACAGCAGCGUGAAGGCUGAAUUCCUUCUGCUGGGAUUUAGUGAUCAUCCAGAGCUCCAGAGUCUCCUCUUCGCUGUGUUUUUCUCCAUCUACUCUGUUACUCUGAUGGGGAAUCUGGGGAUGAUUUUAUUGAUCACAUUCAGUUCCAACCUGCACACCCCCAUGUACUUCUUCCUCUGCAUGCUGUCCUUCACUGAUGCAUGCAACUCCUCUGCUAUUGCCCCCAAAUUACUUUGGGACUUGUUCUCUGAUAAGAAGACCAUUUCUUACAAUGGUUGUGCUGCCCAGUUGUAUUUCUUCUGUUUUCUGGUUGAUUCAGAAUCUUUCCUCCUGGCUGCCAUGGCAUAUGACAGAUACAUUGCAAUCUGUAACCCUCUGCUUUAUACCGUAAUUAUGUCCAGGAGAGUCUGUGGUCAGCUUGCAAUUGGAGCUUUCUUGAGCGGAACUAUAAGUGCAAUUGUUUACAGCACUAAUACGUUUCAUUUUUCAUUCUGCUCCAAUGAAAUUAACCAUUUCUUUUGUGACAUUUCCCCACUGUUCUCUCUGUCCUGCUCUGACACUUACCUGCAGGAAAUAACCCUCAUGGUCUUUGGGAGUUUCGUGGAAGCUGUCUGUCUUCUUGCUGUUUUCUCCUCUUACAUCUGCAUCAUAUCGGCCAUCCUUAAAACAGGUUCUGCAAAGGGAAGAAAGAAAGGAUUCUCCACUUGUGCCUCCCACAUGACAGUAGUCACUAUUUACCAUGGUACCCUGAUCUUCAUUUAUUUGCGCCCUACUGCAGGACAUUCAAUGGAUAUUGACAGGGCUACCUCUGUCUUCUACACAUUGACUAUACCCAUGUUGAAUCCCCUAAUAUAUAGUAUCAGAAACAAAGAUGUCAAAAUUGCCUUUAGAAAAAUCAUUAGCAGAACAUUACUUUUGUAG